AUGCUUCUAGCUUUUUCAGCCGCUUCACAAGCCGCACCAGCUUGGUUCCAUGUAGAUAGGAAGGGGCCAGAGUGUCUGAACAGGUGGCAUCCCAUACCAGCACCCGGCCCAUUCCAUGGAAUCAAACUCAUACCGUCUCUUGCAAUACCAGUCGGCUCACUACCUCUACCAUCGAGAAACCUGGACUAUUAUGGAAACCUAGCUUCGUAUCUAUACAGCUCCUGGGAUAGCGACUCCGAUGAGGAUCUGCCUACAUCACCGGCUCCAAGUAAGAAGAAAAAGAAAAAAGUAGUUGAAAACAAACCCCGUAAUUUACCGUGUCUGUAUCACGAUGCCCACGUCAGUCCGUCAUCAGCGUACUUUGUGCUGGAGUGUCUUGGACCUGGUGUACCCACUUCAGGUCUCUAUAAAACUGCUUUGCCUGAACCAAGGCUCAUCAUGCAUUUGGAGAAUAAUACAUCUGUUAAGGAACGACUUCCAGGCAUAGCUUUACCAACGCCUAGAACGUUCUCAGUUCAGCUUUCAAGCGGUCACGCGGCGCGGGUGAGGCUGUUACUGCCUCCGGGGCUAAGAGAAGAUGAGGUCACGAAGUACCCUCUGGUGCUUAAAGUGGACCAUACUGCUAACUUCGCCAAAAAAGAAACUGCCAAACUGGUGAUGCUUCUCAAGGAUUACACAGUCGUAACCUGCAAACAACUGAUCACUGCAGCAAUCUACAAAAAGAUGCAGCAGCUGGAAAUCUCUGUGUCUCUCAACUCAGAUGGGUCUAGACACCGAAGUGUUAAAUUUAAUAUACAUUUAAUGAAGGUGUAGGCACAUUUUUAUAUUUAUUCUUGUAUAGCUGUGUCCUACAACAAAAGGAAAAAAUCUUUUAACCCUUUGGAAACAAGGAAGCGGAU